GAAUGUGACAUCAAUCUCUAUAACAAAUAAGGAUUUCUCCCAGUAGAACUCUUCUGAGCUAAAGGAGAUUUUCUUUUACUUCCGGAAAUAUGCAGCUGGUAAUCGUUUUAAAAUGUGUUGUGGUUGUGUUGUUGGUGUCGUCCUGCGUGUCGGACGAUGUAUGUCAGGCGAAAGAGGACCAUGGAAGUGAAAGCUGCACCUCAGAGCCGGCGCGGGACCAGGACGAUAAUAAGUAUACACAGACAUCAAAUGUGAAAUGGCGUGGGUACCUGAAGAAGAUUGGAAAGGCUGUGUCAGAUUACACAGAGUGUAGCACACACCUCUGUUCAUGCCAUGAAGAUGUAAUCAGUAAUGACCUGCGGAUAUGGGAAGACAAGGCUGGUGGUAUUACCAAGGACAUGAUAACCAAAAACAACGACAGAGGGGUACAUUACCAGAUCAUAAACCACAAACUGUACCGCGAGGACAAGUGUAUGUUUCCAAACAGGUGCUCUGGUGUGGAACAUUUUAUACUCCUUAUUAUUAAAAAAUUGCCAGACAUGGAAAUGUUGAUAAACGUGCGAGAUUGGCCCCAGUCAUCGAAACAUGGUUCACCUAUACCGGUCUUCUCUUUUAGCAAAGUGAUGAACCAGCACUGGGACAUUAUGUACCCUGCCUGGACUUUCUGGGAGGGAGGACCAGCUGUUUGGCCAAUUUACCCUACAGGGUUGGGACGUUGGGACGAACAAAGAGAAAUCAUACCCAGGGCAGCUCAACAGUGGCCAUGGAAAAACAAACUGGACAAAGGCUAUUUCAGGGGCUCUCGCACCAGUUCGGACCGGGAUCCACUUAUAUUGAUGUCUCGGAAACAUCCAGACUUGGUAGAUGCUCAAUAUACAAAGAACCAGUCAUGGCGCUCCAAGGCAGACACCUUAGGAGAGGAGCCAGUCGCAGAAGUCCGGCUUGAAGAUCACUGUCAAUACAAAUACCUGUUCAACUUCCGAGGAGUUGCAGCCAGUUUUCGAUUGAAGCACCUAUUCCUUUGUGAUUCUGUUGUAUUUCAUGUCGGAGAAGAAUGGUUGGAAUUUUUCUAUCCUGCCUUAAAACCAUGGGUCCACUAUAUACCAGUCAGACAGGAUCUGACAGAUGUCCAAGAACUUUUGGAGUUUGCCAAACAGAAUGACGAUGUAGUACAAGAAAUAGCUGAGAGAGGACGAAACUUUAUAUGGGAUCAUCUAAAAAUGGAGGAUAUUUCAUGUUAUUGGGAAAAACUUCUUAAAAGAUAUACCCAGCUGCUAAAAUAUACUCCCAAAAGGAACAAAGAUUACAAGCAGAUAAAGCCUAAGGCAUCUUAGCACAGGAGUCUGGUGUCAGCGACAGGGGUCCAGUCAGCAGCCGCAACAGUGAAAUACUUCAUUCAGUUUUAUAAAAUUGACCGUUGAUUGAAGAUUAUAAGACAUGCCUAAGGGUGUAGGAUAAGAUUAUAAGACAUGCCUAAGGGUGUGGGAUGGGGAUAUUAUAGGCUUGCUAAUCCUACACCCCUGGGCAAGAAACAGUAUUUUUUAUCUCAUGUUCCUGUGUGUAAGAUAGAGCUGUCCAGAGUAAGAAAGGGGUGUAGGAAAUUUCUAUAUAUCUUACAGCCCAUUUCACCUGAUGUGACAAUGGCUCAAAUAUGAUGUGACGUCACAAAUUUGGAAAUCUCCAAUGCCGCAAUAGGCGACAUGACGAAAUUAAAACCUUUUACAAUAUAUUUACUGUAUAUGUUAGAAAGAUGUGAUUGAUUUUUCUGAACAAACUCUGUUU